AUGACUGCGUUUCCCGAAAACGUGAUCGUUUGGACGAGUGCGUGCGGUGCCUUGAGCGCCGUGGCGCAGCACGGCGUUGACACCACAGUGACGGAGGAGCACCUCUUCAAUUGCUUGCAGGCUGCAACUAAGGCCCUGACGCUUGCCAAGAGCCAGGAGAAUGGUUGGAAUCAGCAGGCCUCCUACUUGAGAGAGGAGGGUGUCAAAUUGCUAGCUGCAGUUUGCUGCGCUGCGCCCAACGUCGGGUGUUGGCUCCGGCAAAAUUCGGAGACCAUGGAGGCACAGUUGGGCGAGACCAUGGAGAUUGCCGUGUCGAUCGUUGCAAAGGACAAAGAACAGCGAUUCACAGAGGAGGCACUCAGGAACAAUCUGAUGGCCUUGGUGUACGUCGUGGGUCCAGAAGCAGCAAUUGUAAAAUCACUGCGCCAGUGGGGUGCACGGGCAAAUGUUGUUGGCGCAUGUUCGGAUGUGGUGGCUGAAACGAUGCGCCGGCAGCAUGCCUCCAUUUGCGAGGAGCCCGGCCCCUCUCUUAUCUCGCAGGCUAG